UAGAGUCUUGACUUCUUAUGAUUAAAAACCACGCUGCUGUUAUUUGUAAAUUGUAAUUUGUAUUACUUAAAGUGUUUAGAACAGUUGGAAAUAAUUUGCACAACUAACUAGAAGUGGAAAUAAAUAUCUUUUAAAAUGUAUUUGCGAUACUUUUUAAAUGAGAAUGGUGACCGCCAGUACACGUUAGCCACAAUAGAUCCCAGUGGAAAGCCAACCUUAUCAGCACAUCCAGCUCGCUUUUCCCCAGAAGACAAAUAUUCAAGACAAAGAAUAACUAUCAAAAAAAGAUUUGGUUUGCUAUUGACUCAACAACCUGAACCAAUACGAUGAUUACUUACUCUUUACAACUUAUUUUAAGGAAUAAAUGCAUUAUAUAUAAGUA